CUAAUAUCCAGUUUGGGAUUGUAUCCGGAACACCGACGUCCGGAUCGGGAUAAUUUCAUCACGGUCAACUUAAUUAACGUUUCUCCUGCUAAUUAUUUCUUUUUUAGCACUUUGCCUCCUUCUGACGCUAAGCUGAAUGCCAGCAAUUUGCCAUAUGACUACGGAUCUAUCACCCAACAAUCUCCAAAAUAUUUAUCAUGGAACAACCAGCCAACCAUGACUGCCAAAGAUAAAUUGUUUCAAAGUUCAAUGGGUCAAAGAGUUCAACUGUCAUUUCUAGAUAAGUCCACACUCAACCAACUCUAUUGCUAUUCUUCUUGCUCCAGCCGACCGGACUGUAGUAACAAUGGUUUUCCAGACAGCAACAACUGCAACCGGUGCAUCUGCCCCGAUGGUUAUGCUGGGAACCUCUGCCAAUAUUACGCCCCACAUAACGAACAGAGUAUUUUUGGCUAUCAUUAUCGUUAUUUUUAUUGUUAUUAA